GAGCAGUACUGAUAGUCCAGCAUUAUAAAAUGGACGCAAAAACGUCCCUCUUGCUCCUCAUAGUAUUCAUUUUAACAUUUGAGGAGACCGCGUGUAAAAGACAACAUAGAAAAAGUCGGAAACAAGCAUCGUAUUCUUCGCGGCAAAUUAUUAUAAAAUGCUGCGGCAAAAAAUCGUGCCUUAAUUUUAUUGGAAAAAAGAAAAACGUUCCAAAGGACAACUCCUCUGCCUUGGGAGAUCAUCCUUCAAUUGUGACAGACCCGAAACUUACAUCUGGAACUUCGAAUCCUGUAGAAGUUUGGCAAUCAGAAAACAACGAUGUUACUGACGCUUUGAAAAAUGAAGAACCAACCUCAACUAUGGCAAAGGAAAUCAAGAGUGGUCCAGAAACAACUCCUCAAACAUCAACCGUGGCUUCAAUUGCACUUUCAAGCAAAUCUUUCACCCAAAAUUCAAUGCUCUCAACAAUGGGAACUUCAUCUGCGCCUAAAAUGACAAACUCUGACGCUAAUCUCUCUACCAGAGUUCCUCUUAGUGAAAAUACAUUCGACAACAGCGGAAUAUCGUUUCCAUCUGAAAAUCUUACCGAAUCUGCAACAACUACUGACGGCCCAAACUUGUACACGACUACAGGUGCCACUUCACCAUCAUCUUCGAACUUUACCCUUGAGACUCAAAAUCCGACCACCCAGACAAAUUCUUUCGAAAAUAGCAACAUAUCUGUUUCCAACCUUGCUAUUCAAACUCGUACGCAAUCAAUUAUGGUGACCGAAGCAAUCACGACAGAUAUGAGUUUGGAAAACAUUACUGAUGAAGUUAUAGAAGAAACGCCACCAGAGAUUGUUAUCCUUAAGGACGAAUCUUACGUACCUUUGAUUGGCGAGUUUGGACCUGCAUAUCAACAGGCCUGCGUUAAAAAUGAGUCUCUUUUUGGAUCAGACGGGCAGCUGAUUGACGCAGAUAAUUAUGGAUCUUGGGAGACAACUUGCGGCAACCUUUAUCUCUUUGGCAGCACAGUGUUGAAUUGGGAUGACAAUUUUCGGAUGUGCUGUAGUUUGGGAAUGCUUCCACUGAUGGUUGAAAACGCGUGGAAACGAUCUUGCUUGCAAAAAUUCAUCGAUGGGCCAAACUGGAAACACAGUUCCAUGUACUGGACGACAGGGAAACGGAUGGAUAAAACUUCAUUUAUGUGGUAUGACAAGCGAGCGAAUUUCAGCUCAAAUAUGUGGGAAACGGGGCAACCAAACAACGUCAAUGGAUUAGAAAACUGCGUCAUGCUUCGAAUUUUCAAAUUUGAUAUAGACACCGUCAAGCUUAAUGAUGUGGAUUGUCAGAAACUUGCAGUCUUUUCAUGUGUAGGGCCAACCACACCUGCGCCAAAAUGCAGCUUUCCAACUUGCCCCCAGAUCAAAUGCACGAAAAACGAAUCUGCUUUUACAAACUUAGUGGAAAAUUCCGCUUCGUAUCUAACAGAGCCUAAGAAGUAUGGGCUAUGGGUUGAAAUCAAUUACAGGACAUUUAUGUUCAGUUUUGCAAAUGACUUACGUUCGUACAAAGAAGCCUUGAGAGCGUGCUGCGCAAUUGAUUUUUCACUGUUGAGUCUCCAUCAAGGAUACAAAUUCGACUCGAUUGGAGAAGCUUUCAAAAACCUAUCAAUCAAGGCAGGCAAAUUUUGGACUUCAGGAAGCGACGCUGGUUGUUCAGGACAGUUCGGUUUCUGCGCCACAAACAGAACUUUGAACUUGAACGAAACAAUCUGGAUGCCCAAUCAACCAGACAAUGCAACCAAAAAUGAGCAUUGCCUGGCAGUAAAUUCAAACAAUUUUAUGGCAGCAUUAAGCGACGAACCCUGUGACAAAAAAUUUCGAUACAUUUGUGAGGGUAGAGCAAGCAGAGGGACAAAAGCACUGGAACUGGAAUGUGCAUCAGCUUUUCAACUUACAGAAGCGGAAAUGGCUCUUGCGUUUUUAAAUCCAAAUGCCAGUGAAAAAUUCAGUUGUUUCAUAACUUGCUACAGUGAAAAUGCAAAUUUGUACCAAAAUGGCAAAAUGAAUGGACCCAAAAUUUUGCCAUUGAUUCCGGUCAUUGCAAAUGGAAACGACUCGGCUAUGAAAGAGUCGUAUGACACAAUUGGCCAAUGCAGUGAAUCAAGCAAGUCCCUAUCUGGCUGCAGCAGAGUUUCCAAUUUUGUUGCUUGCAAUCUGCAGAAAUCUCCAAAUCAAACAAUGAAACUUGCCGACGCUGUAGAAGUUACUAUAACCGAAAAGAAGUCCUGGUUGCCUCCACAGUCAGAGUCUCUAUGUCCCAAUCAUUAUCCCAAUGCUUUAAACGAAGCCUGCAGGGAUAUUUUUUAUUAUUACAUGAAUAAUCAAGCAAACUUCGCCCCAUAUAGACUUCUCUGUAGGGCCGUUUGUGGAAAGAAAUUUAUGUUGCUGACAAUUGCCUCUGCACCUAUGCUAACCACUCUGGCCCAAGCUAUGUCAGAGUGCGCCAAAUUUGGACUCCGACUCGCAACAAUCGAUACAAAGGCCAAAUUAGACUGCAUGAUUUCUAACAGCAUUUCUGUAGACUCUACAUACUCAGAAAACUCGGAUAAGUUCUUCGCAAUUGCUGCAAUCCAAAACAAGCCUCUUCUGGCCAAAAACUGUUUCUCAGACGUUCCUUUUGGAUUGGGGAGCUGGAUUGCAAACAACUUUACUGUCUCUGAUGGGCCGUUUAUUUUUGUGAAUUUUUUCAGUAAAUAUGCUUAUUCUGGGGGCGGUGGGAUCAAUCGUCUAAUUUGUGAAACAAUUUGAAUUUAUUCAUUACAAUGAUCUGCUAUAAUUAGAGAGUCAAUGAAAAUUUUGUGAAAUAUAAAACAUUAAAAAAAAAUAGGCUUAUAUAGUUGGAAUAAUUACAACUUUACUCAACCAAAACAAAAAUAACUAUCAGGGCAAAAAUACAGAAUGUAAAUUAAAAUUGAUUUUAA